CCUAUUCAGUGUGGGAGGGCCCUACACAGGGGCAUGAAUAUACCUGGGGACUAAAGUCAUUGGGAACCAUCUUGGAAGAGGGUUUCACAGUUCCAAAGUAGCAUCCUUGUUAUUAUAAACAGUUUUGACUUCAGAACUAGCGAAAAAGUUUUCCGGGCCCCUGGGUGGCUCAGUUAGUUAAGCAUCCCAACUCUUGAUUUUGGCUCCGGUCAGGAUUGCCAAGUCGUGGGAUCAAGCCCUUCAUGGAGCCUGCUUGAGAUUCUCUCCCUCUCCCUCUGCCCCUCCGCCACUCGUGCUCUCACCUUCUUAAAAAAAUAAAAUAAAAAGUUUUCUCCCUCCUGCUCAAAGGCUGCUCUGUUGCGAGGUGGGCAUCAAAAAGCCCUUUCUUCUUUUCUCUGUAAUUAAGGCAAAGGGAGGGCUCAUUCAUUGGGCGGAAAUAACAGGCAAAGAUAAAGCUCCCUUCAAAGUUAACAGGAAACACUUUCCCCCAAGGACAUGCUUUCUUACAGAGAAACUUUGUUCCCUAGAAUCCCUUCCCUCAGUAAAAAUGAAACAUCCCACUCUUGCCUGUAGGCAGUUGAAACAGAGUAGCAGCCUCAAUUUCCAAUCCUGGUGCAGAGCCUCACACAACGGGUUUGGGACCACUCCAUAUCUAGAUUCACCUUGUAGUUUCCAAGGACACGAGCACCCGGUUCCUCUUCACAGUCUGCACCUGGUGUUUCCCUGCCCUUCCUGCAGAUCCUGUGAGAACUCGACCUUUUCCUUCGUCAAAAUGCUCCAUGGUUUCUCUCUUGUGUGGUCUCCAUCAUCUCAAUGGGUCAAUAAACUUGACUUUGUCACACUAUGUUCCUGGUGGUGUUGGGCUGAUGUACUAGGGCUCCUAUAAUCUUCUAUUCCUAUGGCUCCCAGCCACCCUUGGGACAGAGGUCCCUUCUCUUGUAUGCUCCCCCGACUUCAUUAUCUGACCCCGACCUAUUUUCUAAUCCGAAUUCUCUUGUCCUCUUCUUUUAAGAGGAAAUAUCAUUUCUACGCAGUAAAGUGCACAUUGCAUACGCACAGUUCCAUGAAUUUUUCAACAUGUGUAUCCCCGAGUAAUCAUCAUCUCGAUCAAGAUACAGCAUCUUCCAGGCACCCCGGGUGCCUGUCUUGGGGCCCCUCCCUGCUCAUACCCUGCCAAUCUGCUACCACAGGUUAGUUUUGCCAUUUUUUGAACUUCAUAUUCCUUGUCACAAAAACAGCUCACAGACUCUAAUCGUCUAAAACGCCCUGCCUCAGUGAGUGAGAUUUUUGGCCUCCGAUGUUGCUUCUGCCCUGGGAAGGUCUUAAAGUCACCUGAAACUUCCAAAAAUACUGCAUGAAUGAAUGAAUGAAUGAAUGAAUGAAAGUUACAGCUGCCAUUGAAUGAGUGGCGGGUGGAAGGGCGCCACGAUGGGUUCUUACCUGUAGGUGCAGAUUAGAUAGUCACGUGAUAGGGGCCCGGCCUCCCCAAGCAGGUGCGGCAGGUGCCGUCACGUGACCCAACAGCCCUGCGGGGCGACAGCCUGCGGGCCGCCAUUUUGCGGGGCGGUCACGUGAGAGCACGCACGUUCAGCGGGGCGCUCACGUGACCAGGGGCGUGCUGCGGCCGCCCGGGCGGACCCGGCGAGAGGCGGCGGCGGGAGCGGCGGUGAUGGACGGGUCCGGGGAGCAGCCCAGAGGCGGGGGGCCCACCAGCUCUGAGCAGAUCAUGAAGACAGGGGCCCUUUUGCUUCAGGGUUUCAUCCAAGAUCGAGCAGGGCGAAUGGGGGGAGAGACACCCGAGCUGGCCCUGGAGCAGGUACCCCAGGAUGCGUCCACCAAGAAGCUGAGCGAGUGUCUCAAGCGCAUCGGAGAUGAACUGGACAGUAACAUGGAAUUGCAGAGGAUGAUCGCAGCUGUGGACACAGACUCCCCCCGCGAGGUCUUUUUCCGAGUGGCAGCGGAGAUGUUUUCCGAUGGCAACUUCAACUGGGGCCGGGUCGUGGCCCUCUUCUACUUUGCCAGCAAACUGGUGCUCAAGGCCCUGUGUACCAAGGUGCCCGAGCUGAUCCGGACCAUCAUGGGCUGGACACUGGACUUCCUUCGAGAGCGGCUGCUGGGCUGGAUCCAGGACCAGGGUGGUUGGGACGGCCUCCUCUCCUACUUUGGGACACCCACGUGGCAGACAGUGACCAUCUUUGUGGCCGGAGUGCUGACUGCGUCACUCACCAUCUGGAAAAAGAUGGGUUGAGGCCACCA